ACGUGUCGGCCUCGGCCCAGAAGGAUCCGAACCACGCAAAGCAGAAUGUACCAAGGCCACAUGCAGGGGAAAGGCUCUAGGGCGGCAGAUAAGGCUGUUGCCAUGGUGAUGAAGGAGAUACCGAGGGAGGAGUCUGCAGAGGAAAAGCCCCUCCUUACUAUGACAUCACAGCUGGUGAAUGAGCAACAAGAAAGCAGACCCCUCUUGAGUCCCUCCAUUGAUGACUUUCUCUGUGAAACUAAACCAGAAGCCAUUGCCAGGCCAGUAACAUCAAAUACAGCUGUAUUAUCAACCGGUCUGGAUCUCUUGGAUCUGAGUGAACCUGUCUUACAAACCCAAAGCAAGACAAAGAAGUCAGAGAAUGCAUCAAGAGGUGAAAACUUAAAGGCUUCAACCCACAGAAAGAAGACAGACAACUCAGACCUUAUAAAUGUGGAUGCUGAGCAGAAGGUCCAGACUGGGAGAGUGCUAGAGAAAUCAUCAUUAGAUUUAGUAAAUAUUCAGACACAGCUCGAGAAAUGGGACGAAGUGAAGUUUCAUGGAGAGAGGAACACCAAGGGUCAUUCAGCUACAGAACGAAAAUCUUCAUCAUCUAGAGCUCCAUCAAAAGAGCUUUUAUGGUCUACAGAGAACAGGUCGCAGUCUGAGCUGACUAGUGUCAAAAGUGCCUUGGAGUCCAAUUCAGCAUCAGAUUUAGAAUUAGUACCUGCAACACAGGCACGAUCAACCAAAGAGCAGCGUUGGGGAGGUUCAUUCCUCUCCAGAAAUCACUCCUUGGAGGAGGAAUUUGAAAGAGCAAAGGCAGCUGUUGAGUCAGAUACAGAGUUUUGGGAUAAGAUGCAAGCUGAAUGGGAAGAAAUGGCUCAGAGAAACUGGAUUUCAGAGAACCAAGAAGCACGGGGCCAAGUAACUGUCUCAACCAGUGAGAAGGGCUAUUAUUUUCAUACCGAAAACCCGUUCAGAGACUGGCCUGGUGCAUUUGAGGAAGGACUGAAAAAACUGAAAGAAGGAGACCUGCCCCUCACUAUCUUAUACAUGGAGGCUGCCAUUCUACAAGACCCCAGUGAUGCAGAGGCCUGGCAGUUUCUUGGUAUAACACAGGCAGAGAAUGAAAAUGAACAAGGAGCUAUUGUCGCCCUCCAAAGGUGCUUGCAGCUACAGCCAAACAAUUUAAAAGCUCUGAUGGCCUUGGCUGUGAGCUACACUAAUACUGGCUAUCAACAGGAAGCCUGUGAAGCUUUAAGAAACUGGAUAAAGCAAAACCCAAAAUACAAGUACAUAAUGAAGAGCAAAAGAGGGUCUCCAGCACCUACCAGGAGAAAGUCUGAGCCAUCAAAAGAAAGUUCAUUACUCGAAGAAGUAAAGGAAGUGUACCUGGAGGCAGCUCACCAGAAUGGCGAGAUGAUAGACCCUGACUUGCAAACAGGACUUGGAGUGCUUUUCCAUCUGAACAGAGAAUUUAACAGAGCAAUAGAUGCAUUUAAUGCUGCCUUAACUGUUCGGCCAGAGGACUAUUCAUUAUGGAACCGCCUUGGAGCAACCUUGGCAAAUGGGGAUCGAAGUGAGGAAGCUGUGGAGGCAUAUACUAGAGCUUUAGAAAUUCAGCCAGGCUUCAUUAGGUCCAGAUACAAUUUGGGAAUAAGCUGCAUCAACCUAGGAGCUUACAGAGAGGCUGUCAGCAAUUUUCUCACUGCUCUCAGCUUGCAAAGAAAAAGCAGGAAUCAGCAGCAGGUUACCCAGCCGGAAAUUUCAGGCAAUAUCUGGGCAGCUCUCAGAAUCGCUCUGUCUAUGAUGGACCAGCCAGAACUAUUUCAAGCUGCUAAUUUGGGUGAUCUGGAUGUUCUGUUAAGAGCUUUUAACCUAGAGCCAUAAAAAAAAAAAGCAGCCAAGUCAUUAAGAUGUAUUAGGAAAUGCAAAACUCUUUCAUUACCAGUUUCAAAAUGACCAAGGACACUUUCCAAAAGAUCGUGGACCGUAGACCACUAGGGGAAGUUCUACCAGACAUCAUUCAAUUCCUGGAAAUCUUCAAAAGCACAAAACUUUGUAAAUACUAUUGAACUCAAAUGAAGGAUUAAAAUGAACAGCAGCUUAUCUGACAAAGACCUGACCUAGAUGAAGCAGUCAUACCCGAAGAACCUUCAUCCUGUGCAAGAUAUGCACAUAUAUACACUCACACCUAUACAGAAAAAAUAUAUUUAAGACAAAAAUCUAAUAAUCAUUGUUGCACAUUAGAGUGGGAAGGAGCACAUCAAAGGAACCUUAUUGCUUACUGCACUGAAUUGACACCGCACGCCCCUACAAUGUGGCGUCCCUAUACUUUCUUUGUUGGCCACUCUCUUCAAGGUCCUACUUCCACAUAGCUCUGCCAGGAGGUACAUGUACGAUAGAUAUAUUUUGUGGUGAAUAUAUUAGCUGGCAAUCAAUAAGGGCUUUGUUUUUAAAGGUACCUUGAUUCAAUGUUACUUUUGGACCUAAUUCACAGGCCCUCAGAGAUGGAAUUCAAGAGGAAUUCUGCACAUGGAGGAUUUACAGGGUUGGGCUCUUUAGGGAUGAGCUUUGUAAGCAGAAGCAGUAAUUUGCACUAGAAUUUUUGUUGUUUGUACCAAUUAUGGACCCAAUCCUACAAAGAGCAGGACUCUGCCUAUGUAGAGGUCCUGGUAGGUAUCAGGCCUGUGUAUGUGCAUAAGCACUUUAAUCUUUUUGUAAAUGUAUGCUGUGCUUUUAUUUAUUUUUAAAGUAGGAACAAAAGAUUUAAGGAGAUAUAUAUAUAUAUAUAGCCAUGUUGGCAUAAAGGACCAAAUA